AUGGACCUUUUCCCCCGGAUUGACAAACUUGCAGAUGGCAAGUUGGACUUUAAGCUGUACCGGUACACGCCUUCAUUCCCUGCUGCCAUCGUCGCGACCGUUAUCUUUGCGAUACUCUCCUGCCUUCAUCUUUGGCGUCUCUACAGAGCUCGAGCAUGGUAUUUUAUUCCGUUCACAAUCGGCGGUGCUUUCGAAACCAUUGGCUACGCUGCACGAAUUGUAUCCCAUAACAACAAAGAGUCUGUACCUGCCUACAGCGUCCAAGCGAUUCUUAUCCUCGUUGCGCCCGCCCUCUUCGCUGCCUCCAUUUACAUGAUCCUCGGCCGAAUCAUCAUCUCCCUCCGAGCUCAACAUCUCUCAUUAAUUCCCGUUCGAUGGUUGACAAAGGCCUUUGUCUGUGGCGACAUCGUCUCCUUCUCGCUACAAGCAGCUGGAGGCGGUAUCCAAGCGUCCGGCACCAUCGAGGCAUAUGAUAGAGGUGAAAAGAUUAUCCUAGGCGGUUUAUUCGUUCAGAUCGUGGUGUUCGGUUUCUUCGUUAUUACCGCUGGGCUGUUCCACAGGAAGUGUCUCAAGAACCCAACAGUGGCCGCCAGAGAAAAUGCAUUUCCGUGGAAGCUCGACCUCCACGUCCUGUAUACUGUCAGCAUUAUCAUCCUGGUCCGAAGCAUCUUUCGUGUCGUGGAAUAUCUUCAGGGCAACGAUGGAUAUUUAAUUUCGCACGAGGUCUUUCUCUAUAUCUUUGAUGCAGUUUUGAUGGCUAUUGUCAUGGCGGCUUUCCUCGUUUGGUAUGUUGACCACCUUCAAUACAAAGACGGCGACCAAUACGAUCUUGAACCUUGUGUCGUCGAUGAAACAAACUCUUCUUGA